GAGGUGCACCAAGGAGAAUGGUCGGUUCCCCAUGGACGACCCUUCGCUCUACUACCGAUACCUUGCGCGCGCGAUACAAUGGGGCUGCGAGUACAUUGACGUGGAGCUGUGGUUGCCAGAGGAAAUCCGAAAGAAGUUGGCUGAGAACAAGGCAUGCACGAAAAUCAUAUCGGCCUUCCACGACUUCUCGGGCACCUUCAAGUGGACGUCGCCUGAAACGCAGAGGCUGUUCGAGAUGGGGGCGGUGUAUGGGGACAUUGUCAAGAUGUAUGCCCUGGUCAACUCGAUGCAGGAGAACUACGAGCUCGAGUACUUCCGGUCGACGAUUCAGGCCAAGUACCCGCACCCACCCUUUUCUGGACUCAACAUGGGGCCCAUGGGUCAGCUGUCGAGGACUCUAAACAAGAUAUUCACGCCCAUUACGCACCCACUGUUGCCCAUGAUUGCAGCGCCGGGGCAGCUGAGUGCAGCCGAGAUCAAUGCGGCUCUGCACACCAUGGGCCAGAUGCCGAAGCGAGAUAUAUACGGGAUUGGGAGCUUCCGGUCGACGGCGCAGGCCAUGUUUUUUGAGAAAUGCUUCAAUGAGCUUAGCCUGCCGCAUUCAUUUAGCUUUGCCGAGAGAGGGCCAAAGGCAUCCAUUGAGCACAUUCUCCGGCGCAACAACUUUGGGGGGGCCUAUAUCAACCCACCGCUGGGAGCGUCUGCGCCAUACCUACCCUCGCUGUCGAAUGCGGCGCGGGCUAUUGGCCAGGUUGAUACGGUGUUAGUGCCACCGGGAAGUAGCAAUGCAUCGCUGAUUGGUGACAAUACUCGGUGGAAGGGGAUACGAGCAACACUGACACGCGACUUUGUACCGUCGGCAUACAGCGGACAAGCAGCGUUGUUGCUAGCCAACAACGAAGGGGAUGCAUCGGCGUCUAUUUUCGCACUGAAGAACUUGGGCAUCGGGCCUAUCUACACGAUUGGGUUCAAGUCACAUGGGCCAUUGUCUACUGACGUGUCGCCGGUGCGGUCGAUUGAAGAUGUCAAGCGGCUGCAGCAGCCGUUUGUGAUCAUCUCAGCACUGCCGGCGGAGAAGUCGCUGCUGGUGGUGCCACUGCUGAAGCAUUAUCGGGUGGCUGGGCGUAACGGCAGUCCCGAAGGCAGCCCCAAGGCACUCGGAGCGGUGGGCACCAAGACAGCAGGCAAGGUGUUUGUCGACCUGGCAAGUGGGCCGCGCAAGGUGGACACACUGGAGAUUGCAACGUCGGCAGGCUGGACAGCGUAUGGGAUUGCUGAUGUGUCUGCAUGGACGACGGUGGAGACGAUUAGGAAGCUGGUUGGACAAAACGUGUGCUAUGACUUUGUGCGACUGGCGUGUGGGCGGGGGCACUUUUAAAUUUGCAGCCGGAGGGGAUGGAUGGUGGGCACUGCAGAUAGGCAAUGAACAAGCAAGCAAGC